AUGCUCGAGUCGAACGCGUUGAGGUGCUGCCCAAAAUCCGACCCAGACUUCCAACAGCCAUUUUUGCAGAUUCUUCCUGUCACUCAACAUGAGCUACUUGUAGUAAAACGGAAAAACGUAAAAUCAAGCACAACGACCGCAGGUCGAAUGGUGCCACCGCGAACGAAGCUCAUUCCACACCGCUGGGAUAUGCAUGCGCUACAUGCGUUAUCGAAGAGAGAUCCUGAAGAAUUGACGCGUGUUUUCACCGAGAUCAAAGGCCUUACUGCCACAGCAGUCGAUACUCAAGUAAAAGUGUUUGGAUUCGGGGCCCCAAUGCAGUUCAACACGUUCGGCUUCUUCGAUAGGGCUAGCUCGGCUUCAUCAAGCACAUCGGGUCUUUUCGAUCGUGUCAUCGAAGGUGAUAUCAUGCUGCUGUUAGCGCUGCGUUAUCAUGAUCCACGGUCUGCCAUCGCUCUCCUUAAACUCGGUGUUUCUCUCCAUAUAUCGAAUUCAAUCGGUGAGAACCCGCUGCAAGUUGCUUUCGACGCGAUGGCAUUCUUCCGGCUGCACCCAGCAGAGAAUAAGGAAGAACAAACCAGUGGCUCCAACAAUGGAGACGAUAAACUCCUUGAGCUGCGGGCCGAGUAUGAAGCUCUGUUUUUGAUCUUGGACAAAGAGCUUUCGGCUUUCUACAAAGAGAAGAAAGAGACGAUCGAACGAGAGCUACGAGCGCUUUACCAGCGAUUCGCACCUGAUCGCGUACCCAAAAUCUAG